AUGUCGCCUACUCGACCUACCAAAAUAACUAUCGAUCCCAUCGCCAUCAACCAAAAUGUGCCAGGACAAGGAAAUACCGUUUCUGGCUUUUCAACAGCGACAAACACACCAUGGAACGAAGAUCAGAGAUUCUUCCCAUCGGGUCCUUCCACCGCGGUGAACACCCCUGCUGCAGGUGAAGAUAAACCUUUUUUGUUUCCCUCCUCUGCACCAUUGUCAAGGAUGACCACUAGAGUUUCUGAGCAAUCAGAGAGAGAAAAAGAAGAGAAGGAGGAGAAAGAGGAUGAAUUAGCAUCGGGCCAACAGACACCGGCGGUCGAACCUGAAAAUUUGGUUGGUGCAUUGGAGAGUUAUCCUAUACCUGAGAAAACUAGAUUAUCAAAGAGUAAACAGAUCAUUUUGGGUGCAGUAAUGAUGAGUACUACAUUUGUCGCUUCCGCCACCAACUCAAGUACACUAUUGGUCAUUCCCAGUAUCGCGAAGGACUUGGGUGUGACUGAGCUCCAAGCUCAAUGGGUUAGUUCAGCUUAUGCCUUAGCGAAUGGAUGUGGUCUGCUACUAGCAGGAAGAAUCGCCGAUCUGUAUGGUAAAAAAUGGCUUUUCCUCAUUGGAAUGGGUCUCUUCGUAGUUUUCAGUAUCAUCUCAGGUGUAAUCCGGGACUACAUCGGAAUCUGUAUUGUACGAGCUAUUGCCGGCCUUGCAAUCUCAAUCUCCCUCCCAGCUGCAUUUGGUAUCAUCGGAGUUACCUUUACCGAAGAACCAGGAAGGACCAUGGCAUUCUCAGCUUUGGCUUUGGGUUAUCCAGUCGGUGGUGGACCAGGUAUGAUCUUUGCUGGUGUAGUCGCAGGUGCAAGCACUCGAGCAUGGCAAUAUGUCUUCUUCAUCCUUGCCGGACUCGCUCUCAUCCCUAUAGUCGCAGGGACAUUUGUCAUCCCCCACGAUCCACCCAAGAUGGUGACAGCGACCACGAACAGACGAGUCGACUGGCUUGGUGCUUUCUUGAUCACAGCAGCAUUGAGUUUGUUCAGUUUCGCGAUCACUCAAAGUGGUUUGGUGGAAAAUGGAUGGGGUCAACCUUAUAUCGGUGUAUGUCUCGGUAUCUCCAUCGUGCUGUUCGUGGUAUGGGGAUUCUGGGAGAAGUGGGUUGUCAAAAACACCACUAUCCCUCCUUUGGUCAAUAUGUCCAUUUUCUCCAGACAUGAAUGGAAAGUUACUUCGAUCUUGUCACUUUCGUUCUGCGGAUACCUUGCUAUUGCUGGAUGGUUAUACCUUACCACGAUAUGGUAUCAAAACCUCAAGAAAGAUUCACCCAUCAUGAACGCCGUGCAUGUCAUCCCAGCUCCUAUAGUAGGUAUGGUCGCCUGCAUCGUAGUACCUCUCCUAGCCCCCCGAAUGAGGGCUGCAUACCUCCUCAUGAUCGGUGGUCUGUGCACGGCCCUCGCUCAAGUAAUGUUCGCCGUCGCUCCUCUGGACCUAACCUACUGGGGAUGUGAAUUUCUCUCCUGUAUCUUUACACCAUUCGGUGCAGACUUUACGGUCGGUAUUGGUUCGGUAUUGAUCUCCAAUCUGGUUCUCGAGGACGAACAAGCCUUAGCUGGCGCACUAUUCCAAACAGCCCUUCAGAUCGCUUCCACCGUCGGAGUAUGCAUAGCCUCAUUGGUGCAGACCAACAUUACCGCUCAAAGUGGUUCGCUGCAUACGGGGUUGAAAGAUGCUUUCUGGUUAAUGGCUGGAUUUUCAUGGUUAUCGGCUAUUAUCGCUGCUGCCACACUGUGGAAAGUAGGGUUGGCAAAGGAUAUUGGCAAGUUGGUCAAUGGUCAGAUGAGUGAGAAGAGGUGA